GAUGUCUAUUAAGUGAUUAUCAUCACCAGAGUAUUCCCAACACACACAUUGUUUACAUCUCUCUCUAACUUACAACCAAUACACUACUAAAAACACUAUCUAACAGUUUCAAGAGAAGAGAGAAAUGGCAGUAGCUACAAAUUCUGCUGUAGUGUUGAAUGCUCCAUUCUUAUCUGGAGGCAAAAGAAGCCAAAGCUUGUUCUCAACAACAGCAACCACCGCUAAAACUGUUGUCAGUUCACGUAAACUCGUCAUCGUUGCUGCAGCUGGCGCAAAGAAAUCAUGGAUUCCUGCUGUUAAAGGUGGUGGUAACCUCGUCGACCCAGAAUGGCUAGACGGCUCAUUGCCCGGAGAUUUCGGUUUUGACCCAUUGGGUUUAGGCAAAGACCCAGCUUUCCUCAAGUGGUACCGAGAAGCAGAAUUGAUCCACGGCCGAUGGGCAAUGGCAGCAGUUCUUGGAAUCUUCGUUGGUCAAGCUUACAGUGGCAUUCCAUGGUUCGAGGCUGGUGCUGAUCCAGGUGCCAUUGCACCAUUCUCCUUCGGAUCUUUGUUGGGAACCCAGCUUCUGUUGAUGGGAUGGGUAGAAAGCAAGAGAUGGGUCGACUUCUUCAACCCUGAAUCACAAUCCGUAGAAUGGGCUACCCCAUGGUCACAAACUGCAGAGAACUUUGCUAACGCUACUGGUGAACAAGGUUACCCCGGUGGAAAAUUCUUUGACCCAUUGUCAUUUGCUGGUACCAUUCAGAAUGGUGUGUAUGUCCCAGAUACUGAGAAAUUGGAGAGACUAAAGUUGGCUGAGAUUAAACAUUCAAGGCUUGCCAUGGUUGCUAUGCUCAUAUUUUACUUUGAAGCUGGACAAGGCAAAACACCUCUUGGAUUUUUGGGAUUGUAAUUAAAACAUGUCUAAAUCUGAACUUGAAUCUUUAAAAUUGUUGUAUGUAAGUGAAGUAUCGUAGAGGUAUUAAUCGAUGGAGAUUACAGUACGAACGAUAUGCCUUAAAGUUUGGAGGUAUCUUUAGACUAAUUCCGUCUCCAAAAUUCAAAAUUCUUUCUCCUUGUAGCUUCUUGUUCAUUUCUCUGUGUCCUUGUAAAAGUUGUGGCAAGGAAGGAAAUAAUGAAUGAGAGAUUUGUAAGAUAUGUAUUCUAUUUAAGAGUCUGUUAAUUACUUUAGUUA